AUGCUGGUGAGAGGCAGGGACCAGGGGCCCGGCUCCCGGCUCGGGCCUCUCUUUAGGCGCUGAGCCCCCAGGCCCUCUCCUUUGCAGAGUCCCGCUGCCUCCCUCAAUGCAGAGCCUUCGAGCGACCCAGUCCCCGACGGCUUCCCCUCCGGCCCCAGUGUCUCCCCAAGACGCCUGGAGAGGCCGCCGGGGCUGGAGGAGGCGCUGAGCGCGCUGGGGCUGCAGGGAGAACGCGAGUACGCCGGGGACAUCUUCGCCGAAGCCAUGGUGUGCCGCGUGCUGCCCCGGAGAGCCCUGCCCCGCGCUGUGACCCCGGAGAUGCGCGCCCUGGUGGUAGACUGGCUGGUCCAGGUGCACGAGUACCUGGGUUUGGCUAGUGACACACUUUACCUGGCGGUGCACCUGCUUGAUUCCUACCUGAGUGCUGGCCGCGUGCGCCUACAUCGCCUGCAGCUGCUGGGCGUGGCCUGCCUGUUUGUGGCGUGCAAAAUGGAAGAGUGCGUGCUUCCCGAGCCCGCCUUCCUCUGCCUCCUGAGCGCCGACUCCUUCUCGCGGGCGGAGCUGCUGCGAGCCGAGCGCCGCAUCCUGAGCCGCCUGGAUUUCCGGCUGCACCACCCGGGUCCGCUGCUGUGCCUCGGGCUGCUGGCCGCGCUGGCAGGGAGCAGCCCCCAGGUGACGCUACUUGCCACCUACUUCCUGGAGCUGUCUUUACUGGAGGCCGAGGCGGCGGGAUGGGAGCCAGGUCGUCGCGCGGCUGCGGCUCUGAGCCUGGCGCACCGCUUGCUAGAUGGCGCGGGCUCCAGGCUCCAGCCGGAACUUUACAGGUGUAGUCUUGGCGGAGGGCCUGUAUGGGAUCACAGCAGCUUCAAGGACUUCCCUUCCUGGUCAUUUUUACCGUCUCAGAGAAUGAGAGACCAUUAUUGGGGAGGAGGUGGCGCCUAGACUUGAUUUUUCUGUGUGUGGGAGAGAAUGGAGAGGGAGGACCCCAUUAGUCCAGAUCUGGAGGCUUUUAACCUUGCCCCAGGGUGGAAGAUAGUCUCCCAGGCCCAGAAGAUGCUCGUGUUGCCUUCCAGGGCUGAGAACGAAGGGUCUCCCAGGCCUCGAGUCCUCCAUCUCUGUAUCUGGUGAUGGAUGGGGGUCCCUUUAGCUGCUAGGGCCGCUAAUCAUGCUACCAGGUGGCAGGGCGAACCACGGUUUCCCCCAGGAUAGACAGGAUGGCUGCCCAUCCUCAGCUCCCCUCUUUGCUUCCUCGAGUGUUCCGACUCCGCACUAGCCGCGCCCUGUAGGAAGAAUCGGUGUCCACCUCUCCCCGGUGCUCACCUAGUCACUCCAGUUGAGGAUGGGACGCGUGCCGGAUCUCAAGAGAGCCCCUGACCCGUCCGUGGGGACCCACAUCGACGCUGCUUCUCAGUCUCGAGUCUCCAGUUCCAAGGAUGGGUCAUCUCCAACCCCUUG